AUGAUAUUCUCACAUGAAGACUACACGGUCGCGUGGAUCUGCGCCUUGCCACUAGAAAUGACAGCGGCAAAGACGAUGCUUGACAAACUCCACAGUCAACUGUCCCAGUCCAAAUCCGACCACAACGCCUACACAUUUGGUAGCGUUAGUGGACACAAUAUAGUGGUAGCCUGCCUACCGUCAGGGGUUUACGGAACCACCUCUGCAGCAGUCGUGCUCGCUCACAUGAUUCCGACGUUUCCGUCUCUCCGAUUUGGGUUGAUGGUGGGCAUCGGGGGCGGUGUACCCAGCAAAGAUGCCGAUAUUCGCGUGGGCGACGUGGUUAUCAGCAUGCCAGCUGCGACCUCUGGGGGCGUGAUCCAGUAUGACUAUGGGAAGACACUUCGUGAUGGAUGUUUCGAACGCACUGGGUCGCUCAACAAGCCACCGCAAUAUUUGCUAACUGCAAUAUCUCAAAUGCGCAGUAAUGUCACGGGUGGAAACAUAUUGAUUGAAGAAAUCGCAUCCGAGAUACUUCAGAAACAUGAAAAGCUUCAAGAACAAUUUUCACGCCCAGAUAAAGAUUGGCUGUUCCAAGCGAGCCCGACCAAGGUUGCUAUUCAUGGGCUAGGAGGGAUUGGGAAAACACAAAUCGCCCUGGAGCUGGCCUACCGCACGCGAGAAAAGGUCCCUGAAUGCUCCAUCUUUUGGAUUCCAUGUACCAGCUACAAGAGUGUGCAACAAGCCUACAUGAACAUUGCCUCGGCACUAGGCAUUUCGGAUAUAGAGCCAGCGAAGAUGAAAGAGCAAGGCCGGAAAAUGGCUUCUGGUUUUGACAACGCAGACAAUAUGGAAAUGUGGACCAAGGGGAGCGCGACUGCGCCACCGCUCAAAUAUAUUCUCCCUCGCAGUGAGAAUGGUCAUGUUCCCUUUACCUCUCGUAAUCGAAAGCUAGCUGUGAGAGUGGCAUCACCCAAUGUUCUAUUUAUUCCCGAUGUCGAUCAAAUCACUGCCAUGAAGAUACUGGAAAAUUCACUCAUCCAAGUGGGUCUGCUGCAUAACAACUAUACAACUGCCGCUCUCCUUGAGCAGCGUGGAUUUCUACCGCUUGCAAUAAACCAAGCCGCUGCCUACAUAAACGAAAACAAGAUCGAGCUAUCUGAUUAUCUGUCACUAUUCAAAGAGCGAGAGACAGACGCAGCUGAGCUGUUGAGCGAAGAAUUCCAUGAUGACGGACGUUACGCCGGGAUUCAGAACCCACAGAUCCAGGAUUUAGAUAAAUUGGCAGCAGACUAUUUGUCAUUCAUGGCCUGCAUUAACCCCCGAGAUAUCCCGCAGUCGAUUCUUCCACCUCCAAGUUCGGCAAAAAGGAGGACUGAUGCACUAGGUUUUUUGAACGCGUAUUCCUUUAUGUAUCAGUGA